AUGGCGGCGGCGUCUGCCAGGCUCGCCAUUGCGACGCCCCUGUGUACGGCCGCGAAUGCACAGGUGACGCGCGCGCGGCUUCUUCGACCGCUGUCCUCCUUGUCCAAACGCAGCUCAACGACAACCACCACCACCUCCACGAUAGCAGCCACCAAGAUGCCUCAUCGCUUCUACUCAUCCGCCUCCUCCGCCUCCGCCUCGCCCCCCUCGAUACCAUCUUCGUCUCCCGCGACACCCGCCAAGAAGCCGCGCUUCUCGUACAACGUCGCCGCCUCCUUCAUCGGCAAGGACCGCCCCUUUGACCCCUCGACGCACGUCUUCCACUUCAACCCCUACAACCGAAUACAGCCGCCGCGCGACCGCCGGCGCUCCUCGCGGCCCGACUCGGGCCACGACGCCUUCUUCGCCUCGCGCGUCAACGAGACGGGCGCCGUGGCCUUUGGCGUCGCCGACGGCGUGGGCGGCUGGGUCGACUCGGGCGUCGACCCGGCCGACUUUUCCCACGGCUUCUGCGACUACAUGGCCUCGGCGGCGUGGGAGCACCAGCCCGCCGGCGCGGAAACGAGCACCCGCAGCAGCAGCAGCAGCUCCCCCACCGCGCGCAAGCUGAUGCAGAUUGGCUACGACGCCAUCUGCGCCGACGAGACGGUCCUGGCGGGCGGCAGCACCGCCUGCGUCGCCGUCGCCUCGCCCGACGGCCACCUCGACGUCGCCAACCUCGGCGACUCGGGCUUCCUGCAGCUGCGCCUCAACGCCGUGCACAGCUACUCGGAGCCGCAGACGCACGCCUUCAACACGCCCUUUCAGCUGUCCAUUGUCCCGCCCAGCGUCGCCGCCCGCAUGGCCGCCUUUGGCGGCACCCAGCUCAGCGACCUACCCCGCGACGCCGACGUCACCCAGCACCGCCUGCGCCACGGCGACGUCCUCCUGCUCGCCACCGACGGCGUCCUCGACAACCUCUUCAACCAGGACAUCCUGCGCGUAGCCAGCCGCGUCAUGGGCGCCACCGGCGCCUGGACCAUGAGCGACGCCGGCCAGGUGCAAAUCGCCGACGACCUCGACGCCGUCAUCAGGAGCCCCGUCGCGCCCGCCCAGGCUCCCGGCAGCAGGCGCCAGCAGCACCCCGAUCGCCCCGUCACCCUGCAGAGCCUCCUCGCCACGGAGCUCGUCCUCGCAGCCAAGCGCGCGAGCGUCAACACCAAGCAGGACGGGCCCUUUGCCAAGGAGGUGCAAAAGUACUACCCGCAGGAAAACUGGCACGGCGGCAAGAUUGACGACAUUUGCGUCGUCGCCGUCGUCGUCGUGGAGGAUCCGGUAUCGACCCGAAGCAAGCUAUGA